UAUUUCUUCAAAGAUUGUUGCCUAUUUCUCUAAGAGGUAUGGUGCCAAAUUCAACAUGGGAUGCAAUUACAGAGUUGUGUACAUUCUUUCGUGUAAUAUGUUCAAGGGUGUUACGCGUAGAUGACUUACAACGCUUGCAAACUACUAUUGUUGAAACCAUUUGCAAGUUGGAAAAAAUAUUUCCACCUGGAUUCUUUGAUUCAAUGGAGCAUCUUGUUAUCCACUUAGCUCGAGAAGCUAUGCUUGGUGGUCCGGUUCAAUAUAGGUGGAUGUAUCUUUAUGAAAGGAAGUUGGGAUCAAUGAAAAGAAAGAUAAAAAACCAUGCGAAGGUUGAGGGGUCCAUUGUUGAGGCGUACAUGAUUGGAGAAAUAUCGACUUUUUGCUCACAAUACUUUUUGCCUACAAUUGAAACCCGGUUGAAUCGUGAGUCACGUAAUUUUGCCCCAGACAUUCCUAGUUAUACCAUGAUUAUUUGA